AUGACAGGGAUUAAAACGGACACGUUAAUUAAUGAUUAUAACAUAAAUAUUCUUGAAAAUGAAUUAUGGAAAUUAUUCAUGAAGGAAUGUACUACGGUGAAAUAUCUUCAACUGCCAAAUACGCCUAUUGUUCAUUUCCCGGGAGCGAAUCAAUGUUUAGCUGCGUUGAGCGAGUUUGAAUGCUCGGCUUAUGACACGGCAAAGUUAUUUUUAGAUUUAGCACAAGUUUGUAGAAAUAUUAAAACAAUGAUUAUUAAUCAAUGUGGAGAUGAUAAUGAGGGAUUGAUAGCAUUAAUUUGCUUACAAAAUAAUUUACAACAAGUUAUAAUGCAUUCAAUUGUAUCAAUUGAGGAUGAGAAAUGUCAAAAAAUCGGUGAAGCGUUAAAAACUCAAUCAAAAACUCUAACAAGUUUAUUCGAGUCUAAUAUUUGCAUACCUUCCGAUAUCAUUGCUGAAUUAAAAAAUUUAAAAAGCUUAAAGAUUAUAAUUAAUGAGAUGGACACAGACUUGGAACAUUUGGAUUCGGUUAAAUUACCGAAUUUGGAGGUUUUAGAAAUCAUGAUGAGUUCGGCUGAUCAACAACCUCUAGAACUUUAUACCUCACUUAUCAAAACUACUAUCGGAUAUUUGAGAAAGAUUAAUUUUCAAACUUUUCCACCUCCAUCAGAAACAGAAAUACAACCGUAUAUUCAAACGAUAAUUAACCAGUGUCCGAAUAUUGAAGAAAUUACGCUUUGGUACAUUGAAGAAAUUUACCCUGAGCUGGAACAAUUAUUAUUAUCAUAUCCAGAUUAUCAAUUAGCUUGUGAUGCCACAAAUAUUUUCGGUUUACUUAUUAAGAAAUCUUCUCAUAAUUUGGCUCAAUUGAAUUUAAGUGGUAGUUGGAGAUUUACUGUUAAUGAUCUAGAAUGUUUCUUGAAAAAGUGGGAAGGUAGAAAACCUUUGUCUUUAAAAUUGACUUGUGAUUUCGUUAUCACUACAACUUAUAUGAACGCCUUGGAUUAUUUUACAUCUGUUGGUAUUUUAAAAGAUUGGUCACAAUGA